AUGUUUGUUGAAGGAAGGAUGUCAAAUAAUGAGGAAUGUAAGGAGAUGAAACGAACGAAAAGUGAUGAAUGGGAAGUAGUAGAGUGGUGUAAUCUGCCUGGAGACCUGCUAUCAAGAAUUGCAAGCUAUUUAGAAUUGAUAGACUUUCUGAGUUUUCGCAGUGUUUGCAAAGAAUGGCUCAUCCCUCCCUCAGAAUACAACCCUUCAGGCCGCGAGCUAUGGUUUCUCCUCUAUGGUGAAGGCUCACAGUGUUCCUUCUUGAAACUCGGAUCGCAAUCUCCAAACUCCGAAAGACUCUACACCGUCAACUUUCCAGAACUUGACGGAGCCACUUGCCUUGCAUCGUACCUAGGAUGGUUGCUUCUUGUGCAAGAAGGAGCAAUGUUUUUCUUCUGCCCUUUCUCAAGAGCCAAGAUAGACCUUCCAGAUUGUCCCUUCACAGACCUAAGCGAACAUGUUGCUGCGUUUUCUGCUGACCCUACUUGCCAAGAUUGCGUUGUGGUUGUGGUUAGCCGCAAGAGUGAGGUAGAACUGGAACUGCACUUGCUUCGAAGGGGGAACAAGGAGUGGCACAAGCAUUGCCAUCGUUGUGUUCGUUCCACGCUAAACACAGUAAGUGGUGCUGCUUUUUCUGAGGAAAAGUUUCAGUUCUUGGACGCGGAUGACGGCUUGGUUACCUUCAAUGCUGACGGUAAAAGCAGCAAGUCAUGGGCGAAUUAUCGUAUAGUUAACCAUGGUUCUUCCAAGGACGUGGAAACCUUGGAAUAUCACGUACGGAAAAACAUGUUUGGAGUCUUGAACAUGGGUCAGAGGCUGGGCUUCAGGGGCGGUGAGGAUGAUGUUGUGUCCAUUUCCAUAUGUGGCACCAUGAUCCUCGGAAUACAGUGGCUUCAUAUCUUAAGAAAUGAUAGCGUCAUUCUCAGUGAGACCAUUGUGCCUGAUCAGCAACAUGUGGCUCUGGCUCGUCAGAUUAAAGGGGUAUGGAUUCAACCAAGAUAUGUUCAAGUACCUCCUGGCCUAACCUGGUAG